CGGUGGGCUAAUUGAGGGGCAGCUGCGCAGCGGCGGGCAUUCUUCGCUGGCUCGUAGCGGGGAAAACUUGCCCUGAACUUGGGAUUUUGACUUUGACUCUUCGCACGACAAGAUGAAGCCUCUGGUUUCCUAUUUUCUGGCAGUUUCUUUUCUUUUAAUUAUCUUACAAGAGACUGUCCAAAUGGAAGAAUGCAUCUUUAGAAAACUGGACAGGGAGGACAAAACAUUUUGUAGAGGGAGUCUAGAAAUUUUCUAUCCAGAACUGGGAGAUGUUGGCUGUACAUAUAUUCCAAAGUGCAAUGCCUAUCGUAAACGGAUCAGCAAGGAAUGGAUCAGCCCUGAAGUUAGAUAUCAUCAGGCAGAUAUGAAUAAGAAGUAUGUUCUCAUCAUGGUUGAUCCAGAUGCUCCUAGCAGAUCUAAUCCAGAGUAUCGCUUCUGGAGACAUUGGGCUGUGACUGACAUCAGUUCCUACUCUGCUUUAGCACUUGAAGAAACAGACUUUGAGGAUUUCUGUGCUGCUGUCUUGAUGCUUGGUGUAUCUGGAAAAAAAACAACCACUUUCAAUUUCUCACAACUGUCAUUGGAAAAGAGUAGUUUUGAGGACUAUCAUGUUAGCCCAGCCAUAUGGGAGAAAUCAGUCAUUGCUAUGGGAACAAUAAUUGACAAAGACCAGUGUUUUGAGAUUACUAGAGAAGAAUCGGUGGCAGGAAACUGCUAA